UCCGACACUGUCCGUUUACGCAGAUAUUAUUUUCCAACUUUUCACCUUUCUCAAAGAAACAACCGCAGAUCAUAUUUUGAUAAACGAUGGCAACACUCGCCGGUCACUCGAAAUCUAAAAAACGCGUUUCCUACUUUUAUGAUGAGGACGUUGGAAACUUUACGUAUGGUCAAGGUCAUCCGAUGAAACCACACCGAAUGCGGAUGGUUCAUGAUUUAGUUGUGAACUAUAACUUAUUUAAAAAAAUGGAAGUUCUGAGUCCGAAACGCGCUACCCCGAGACAAAUGACGCGAUUUCAUACUGAUGAAUACAUUGAUUUUUUGUGUAGAGUCACACCUCAAAACGUCGAAGAAUUAUCUAUGCAACAAACUAGAUUCAACGUUGGUGAAGAUUGUCCAAUUUUUGAAGGGCUUUUCGAGUUUUGCACAAUUUCAGCUGGUGGUUCAAUUGAUGCCGCUAAUAAAUUAACCGGCGGAGAAUCGGAUAUCGCGAUUAAUUGGUCCGGAGGUCUUCAUCAUGCAAAGAGGUUCGAAGCAUCCGGUUUUUGUUACGUUAAUGACAUUGUGUUAGCCAUUUUAGAGCUAUUGAGAUAUCAUCAACGCGUUCUUUAUAUUGAUAUUGAUAUACAUCAUGGAGACGGUGUAGAAGAAGCAUUCUAUACAACAGACCGUGUAUUAACUUGUUCAUUUCAUAAAUUUGGGCAAUUUUUUCCGGGAACUGGGGAUGUAUCGGAUGUUGGUAUUGGCACUGGAAAACAUUAUGCAGUUAAUUUCCCACUGAAGGAUGGUAUGGACGAUUGGAAUUAUCAGAAUGUUUUUCGACCGGUCGUAGAACAUAUUAUGGGGUGGUACCGUCCAGGAGCUGUAGUUUUGCAAUGUGGUGCAGAUUCACUUGCGGGUGAUCGAUUGGGCUGCUUUAAUUUGUCGAUGAAGGGACACGCUGCAUGUGUUGAAUUUGUCAAAGGUUUUAAUCUCCCAAUGUUAGUUGUAGGUGGAGGUGGAUAUACUAUACGCAAUGUGGCUCGUGCAUGGACAUAUGAGACUGGUCUUCUAUUAGGAGAACAUUUAAGUGAAGAUCUUCCUUAUAACAAUUUUCUGGAGUAUUAUGGACCUGAAUAUAAAUUGGAUGUUCCAGCUAACAAUAUGGAAAAUAUGAAUACACCAGCGUAUUUAGCUGAUAUGAAGGCAAAGGUAUUUGAAAACUUAAGGAACAUUCCCUUUGCACCAAGUGUUCAAAUGCAACAGGUUCCUUAUGAUUAUGAAUCAGAAGAGGAAGAAGAUAACGAAAAUCCGGAUAUAAGAAUGUCACAACGACAACGUAAUACACUCGUUGUACCAGAAAAUGAACUUUCAGAUUCCGAAGAUGAAGGAAAUAGACGGAAUGAAAGGAACUAUAAUAGUAACGGAAGAGAAUCUUCAUCGCGUAAAUCGCGUGCUAGUCAUAAAAAUUCAUCGAAUGAACAUGAAGGACGUAGUACAUCAUCUCGCACGCAUAAAUCAAGUAGCGGAGUUCGAGAAAAAGAUGGACGUAAAAUGUUAAAAACACGUUUGAUCGACGAUGUAUUGAAUACUUCGAUUAGGAGAACUAGUCCUUCAGUAGAUCGUCCUUCAAUAAUGGUUACAUCAUCUCCAAGUACUAAUACAAGCACAUCUAAACAUACUAUUCCUUCGGGACCUGAAGUGGCAACAAAACAAGAACCUGAAAUACUAGAUUCAACCGUUUCUUUAACUCAACCUCAAGUCGAAGAUACAACAAAAACGAACGACAACACCAAUAAUGUUGAUAAUAAUGAAAACGAUGAUGAUGAAAAUAAUAAUAACGAUAUUAAAGACAAUAAAGAAGAGAUUAAAGACGAAAAUAACGACAAGAGUAACGAACCAGUUGCAAUGGAAAUAGAUACUAAUGAAUCACUUCCGGAAAUUAAGCGAGAACCUGAAGAUGUUGUAAUGCAGCAGUAAUUAUUAAAAAAGAAAUCGAAUUUUAAGUGUUUUCCGUAUUAUUUAUAUCUCCUCGUCAAUUAUCAUUUCACUACACUAACAUAUUUAUACUGAUUGAGUAUAUAUGGCAUUUAUUUUUAAAUAAUUACAUACGCAUUGUUCGCGAGCCACUUAAGUGGCGCGUAGACUUGUAUUAAAAGUUUGUUUAUACACUGCUACUAGCAUAAUUUAACACACCUAUUGACCUCUUUUAGCAAUAGCCUAUAAAAAAAAUUAUUAUUGUUAGUUGAUAAUUUGUAAAAGUAUAUUUGUUAGAAAAAAAAAUCAUUUUUGCUCCU